AUGCCAGAGUCAAUGACAAUGAUCGAACAUGCAAAUAUUUUAAACAAAUUAAAUUAUCAAAAUUCAUUUCGUGAUCGAAUUUCUUCAAAAAAUGAGAAUUUUAAAAAAUCUCUUUCAUUUAAUGUCUAUUCUUCUCGACAUUUAAUGUUACCUGGAAAAAAAACGAAAAUUUUUCGUGCAAAUGAACAUAUUUUACCAUCCAUUGAAAAUGGAUAUCGACACAAACAAAAACGUCCAUCUUAUCGUACAUCACUUUAUCAUCCUAAUAAAUCAAAUCCUAAUCAAAUCGAUGUAUCUUCAUUAACAGCUCGUGGUACAAAAUCGGAAUUAUUUACAACAGUAAAAGAUGAUGAUAGAAUUAUAGAUUUUGAACAUAAUCAUGCUCCACCACCAAGUCCAUCUGAUUAUCAAAUUGAACGGUUAGUAUAUGAAUUUAAUCGAAGAAGACAAUUUACACCAUGUUUAAUAACACAUAAAGAUGGUUAUACACCAUACCGUUUACCAGCACUUAAAAAAUCACCACGGCGAGUGCAUUCAGAAUUAAAUUAUCCACCUACAUUUAUUAAAAGAAAUUUAUCAAGUAGCUUUGAAACAUUUGAUUGA